CCCGAACCUCCCUCCCAGGCUAAGGCCCCAGGACGCUGAGCCCCGGGAGAUAGGGAGGGGGGGGGGAUCUGGAUCUGGAGUUCUUUGUGGUGCAUUCCUGGACUCCCACACUCAGCCUUGCCCCCUCCUCCCAUUCCACCCUCCGUCCUCCGCCCCGCCAGCUCUUUCUCCCCUGCCCCCAUUCCACGUGGACUAGCCAGGGCGGGGGUGGGGACCAAGGACAGGAAGGGGGGGAGCCAGCUCCGGGAGGAGGGGGAAAGGAGGUUGUCGGCGGCGACUCCCUCGCUCGCCCUCACUGCCGGCGGUCCCAGCUCCAGGCACUAUGUUCCGCACGGUGUCCCCCAGCCGCACCUUCCUCCGGCUCCCCCUGCUGCAGUUGUUGCUGCUGCUGGUACAGGCAGUGGGGAGGGGGCUGGGCCGUGCUAGCCCGGCCGGGGGCCCCCUGGAAGAUGUAGUCAUCGAAAGGUACCACAUCCCCAGGACCUGUCCCCGGGAAGUGCAGAUGGGGGACUUUGUUCGCUACCACUACAACGGCACUUUCGAGGAUGGCAAGAAGUUUGACUCCAGCUAUGACCGAAGCACCUUAGUGGCCAUCGUGGUGGGCGUGGGGCGCCUCAUCACCGGCAUGGACCGAGGCCUCAUGGGCAUGUGUGUCAACGAGCGGCGACGCCUCAUUGUGCCUCCCCACCUGGGCUACGGCAGCAUCGGUGUGGCGGGGCUCAUUCCCCCGGAUGCCACCCUGUACUUCGAUGUGGUCCUGCUGGAUGUGUGGAACAAGGCAGACACUGUGCAGGUGAGCACCUUGCUGCACCCAGCCCACUGUCCCCGCACGGUCCAGGACAGCGACUUUGUCCGCUACCACUACAAUGGCACGCUGCUGGAUGGCACUGCCUUUGACACCAGCUACAGUAGGGGCGGCACUUAUGAUACCUACAUCGGCUCUGGCUGGCUGAUCAAGGGCAUGGAUCAGGGGCUGCUGGGCAUGUGUCCUGGAGAGAGAAGAAAGAUCAUCAUCCCUCCGUUCCUGGCCUAUGGCGAGAAAGGCUAUGGGACUGUGAUCCCCCCACAGGCCUCCCUGGUCUUCCACGUGCUACUGAUUGAUGUCCACAAUCCGAAGGACACCGUCCAGCUGGAGACACUGGAGCUACCUCCUGGCUGCGUCCGGAGAGCUGUGGCCGGAGACUUCAUGCGUUACCACUACAAUGGCUCACUGAUGGACGGCACCCUCUUUGAUUCCAGCUACUCCCGCAACCACACCUACAACACCUAUGUGGGGCGGGGCUACAUCAUCCCAGGGAUGGACCAGGGGCUGCAGGGCGCCUGCAUGGGGGAGCGCCGGAGGAUCACCAUACCCCCCCACCUCGCCUAUGGGGAGAACGGGACUGGAGACAAGAUCCCUGGCUCCGCGGUGCUGAUCUUUGACGUCCACGUCAUUGACUUCCACAACCCUGAGGAUCCAGUGGAAAUCAAGAUACUGUCCCGGCCCCCUGAGACCUGCAACGAGACCGCCAAGUCUGGGGACUAUGUUCGCUACCACUACAACUGCUCCCUGCUGGAUGGCACCAAGCUCUUCUCCUCCCACGACUACGGGGACCCCCAGGAGGCUACCCUGGGGGCCAAUAAGGUGAUCGAAGGCCUGGACACGGGCCUGCAGGGCAUGUGUGUGGGAGAGAGGCGGCAGCUCGUGGUGCCCCCGCACCUGGCACACGGAGAGAGCGGAGCCCGGGGUGUCCCGGGCAGCGCAGUGCUGCUGUUUGAGGUGGAGCUGGUGUCUCGGGAGGAGGGGCUGCCCACCGGCUACCUGUUUGUGUGGCACGAGGACCCUCCUGUCAACCUGUUUGAAGGCCUGGACCUCAACAAGGAUGGCGAGGUCCCCCCGGAGGAGUUCUCCGCCUUCAUCAAAGCUCAAGUCAGUGAGGGCAAAGGACGCCUCAUGCCUGGGCAGGACCCAGAGAAGACCAUAGCAGACAUGUUCCAGAACCAGGACCGCAACCAGGAUGGCAAGAUCACUGUUGAGGAGCUCAAACUGAAGUCAGACGAAGACCAGGAGCGAGUCCAUGAGGAGCUCUGAAGGGCAGGGGCCUGGGCCCAAAUGCAAAGGCCCACUUCUCGGGGUGGGGGGGGGGGGACAGUGGGCGGUGGGGCUGACCUUCCAAGGGUCACCCUCCCCUGUGCUGGCAUGUUGGCUGGGAGGUCAGAGAUGACUCUGGUCUUGCCACCAGCCCGAGAGUAAAAUCCACAGCACAGACCUCUAUUCAGGUUUUCUCUUCCCACCCCACACCCCUCACUUACAAGUUUUGGAGUCACAAAGCCAAUCCGGUGAUUGGUGGAGUCUAGGGGCUGGAUGGGCCACUGCUGGCCCCUCACCCAUACCUCCCCUCCGCAUCACCAUACAAUGAACACGGCCAGCAGCCGAGCUCACCAUUUCAUUUCCCCAAGCUUCCCUUUUAUCUGUACUUUUCCUUGCCGUCCCCAAGCACCCCCCCCUACAGCCCCCAUUUCUGUGUCGAAGCAGCUCCCAGGAGCAUGAACCAGGACUGUCCAGACCCUCAGCCUUCCUCUCUCAGCUCUGGCUGGCUUCUAGGAAGGGCCUCCCCCCUUUCCUGUUCCCCCACACCUAUCCCAUCCCCCCUCACUACACCCAGUAGCGACUGAAGGCCCCUGGGGUGCUGCAGUCAGGGCUGGGUUUGGCGUUGCCUUUCAUCCCUAAGGAAAGCUGCUUUCUCCAAGGGACAGAGAACCAGAAGAGUAGGAAGGGUAACUACUGGG